AUGUACAAGAUUGGAGUUUUAAGUUACAAGAGGUUGUUGGAGGUUGGAGAUUUAGGAGUGACCGAAGGGAGUACUCUGAGGGUAUUUUCAUACAGUGAGCUGAAGAAAGCCACACACGGUUUCAAACAACAGCUGGGUAAGGGUUCCUUCGGAUCAGUUUACAGAGGAACUUUACACAAAGGAAGAAAAUUGAUUGCUGUGAAAAUGCUACACAAGUCAAUCGAUGAAGGAGAGAGAGAAUUUGAAGCUGAAAUGCAAGCCAUUGGGAAAACACACCACAAAAACUUAGUUCGCUUGCUGGGAUAUUGUGCUGAGAGAUCUAAAAGGCUUCUGGUUUAUGAGUACAUGAGCAAUGGCUCCCUUGAGAAGCUUAUCUUUGGUGACAGUACUAUGCGUCCAGAUUGGGAUCAGAGAAGAAGAAUAGCACUAGACAUUGCAAGAGGGUUGCUAUAUCUGCAUGAAGAAUGCAGGGCUCCCAUCAUUCACUGUGACAUAAAGCCUCAAAACAUAUUGAUGGAUGAGCUUUUCACAGCUAAAAUAUCAGACUUUGGGUUGGCCAAACUUCUAAUGCCGGAUCAAACAAGAACCUUCACUCAAGUUAGGGGCACGAGAGGCUAUUUGGCUCCAGAGUGGAAUAAGAACACUCCAAUAACAGUGAAAGCAGAUGUUUAUAGCUAUGGAAUAAUGCUUUUGGAGAUUGUAUUUUGCAGAAGAAGCCUGGUGGUUAAUAUGUUGAAUCCAGAGCAAAUUGUUCUGUCCAACUGGGUGUACAAGUGCUUUGCGCGACGAGAGCUAAACAAGCUGGUUGUUGGGGAAGAAGUGGAUAAUAGUUUAAUGGAGAAUAUGGUGAAAGUGGGGUUAUGGUGUAUUCAAGAUGAACCUUUUCUUCGGCCAUCAAUGAAGAGUGUGGUGUUGAUGCUUGAGGGAGUUACGGAAGUGGCUAUUCCUCCUUCUCCAUCUUCUGAUUCUAUUUGCUAGGAAACAAAAGCGAACAAGAUGUUGCAAUUUCAUGUGGCUUUCAUUUGAUUUGUUUUUGAUUUUUGUGUUUCUGUGUAAUUUUUUCUUUAAGCUUGCGUACAUCUACCUAUUUGCCAGAAAUAAAAAAGAAUUAUAAAAUUAAUU